AUGGUGGAGAUCUUUAUUGCGACUGGACUGCUGUUCAACUACAGUAUUCUGUUUGUGAGUUUACAAAAUGAGUUUGACUCAAGUGCCGUUUUAACAGGUUGGGUGGGGUCCCUUGCCAAUUUGCUAAUAGGGUGUGGCAGUCCUAUCUCUGCCUCAAUAAUUACCCGCUAUGGUUCCCGAAUGGUAGUUGUACUAGGCGCAGUUAUGUAUUCAGCAGGAGUUUUAGCUACAUCAUUUGUACCAGAUCUUGCCUAUGCGUAUUUGACAUUUGGAGUUAUUGCUGGGCUUGGAGCAAACUUUAUAUUCCAAGCUGGGAUCGUUCUCAUCAUAGCUUGGUUCACUGGGACAAGCUCAAGGGGGACUUCGCUGGCUUUACUUGGAUCAUCAUUCGGUGUACUGGGCGGUGCACCUCUUCUCAACGCACUCAUAGCGGCCUACGGCUGGCGAAACACUCUGCGGAUCGUGAGUGGUGGGAGUUUGGUUUUAGCUCUGGCCCAUGGAGCUUUCCUUACCGAACCGAAAUCUGACCAAACACCACAAGACGUUACAAUUGAUGAUAUACAAUUUAAGACGAUGGAGCAAGGCAUAGAGGAGAAACCUGAUGGUGGACAGAAGACGGUUCAGUCGGAAGAAGAAGCCCAGAAGACGUUCCAUACGGAACAAGAAGUCCGGAGGACACUUCAGUCGGAACAAGAAGCCCAUAAGACGUCCCAGUCGGAACAAGAAGCCCAGAUGACGCUCCAGUCGGAACAAGAAGCCCAGAAGACACUUCAGUCGGAACAAGACGCCCAGACACUUACGCAGAAAUAUGCCCGACUCGUCCGUCAAAUUGACGCCUGGUUGUGGUUUGUUUCUUCAGUUUUGUUCAUCAUUGGACUGUCAUUUGUCAUCAUUAAUUUCGCCAGCUUCAUGGAAUACGACCUACACUUUACAUCUGAACAAAUCUCCAUUACUUUUGUGCUGUUUGCUGUCGGUGAAAUCAGUGGAAAGAUACUACUCUCGGUUGUAGGCGACCUCUUUCCAUUCCAGAAGCUUUACGUUCUUUCGGCUGGUAUCUUCCUGGGUGGAGCUGUGUCUGGACUAAUGACUGUUUUACGGACGGUUCCACUCAUUUAUACCCUCACAUUUUUUUCAGGCUUGUCUCGUGCUAUAUGUUUUGCGAUGCCGUUUCCUGCUGCAGUUGAGUUGUUUGGAGACUACGGAUCAGACAUUGCUACCGUACUGGCAAUGUUUCCGUUUGGGGUUGGCGUUCUGAUUGGUGCACCCUUAUCAGGUGGACUUUACGAUUUGACGGGAGACUACACGUUGAGUUUGCUAGCUCUAUUGGGGAUGUUCACUCUAUCUGGUGGUUUAAUGUUGCUCAUACCAAUCAGGAGAAGGAUAACAUCAUGUGGACUACCAGAAAGUACAGUAGAGUCUUAAAGGCACUGGACACUAAAAAGAAACUAUACACAAAUAGUAAACUUGUGUCCAUCU